GUCUUUCUUUUAUUUAUUUUCCAUAGAAAAAAAUAGUGUUUUAUAAUGAAUUUAUCAGCUUCGCAAUGUGGUAGCGAUUGUGAAUCUGGUUGGACUUUCUACUUAGACCAAUCCUCUUGUUCUCAAACUGGGAACUUUGCUGAGGAUUACGGGGUGAAAGGAGCAAGAUUCAUGGUUGAAGAUGAAGAGGAUGGCUUAUCCAUGGUGUCUGAUGCAUCUUCUGGCCCAAGACAACAUUGUUAUUGCCAAGAAAAUGGGAGAUUUUGUUCUCAUCCUGCAACCACUCGACAACCAGACAAGAAAAGCAGCAGAAACAAAAACAAGAUCAAAGAAGAUUGUAGUAAUAAUCGGCACCAUUCUUGUCUUGAUGAUACUGCCAGCUCCCCUGUAAUAAGCUUCUCCGAGAAGAACUUCAAGGGAGAAGCCUCAAUAGAGUUGGACUUUUCACAAGGUUUUUCUGGUACACAUUUUAAGGGUAAAUCAGCAUCACAGAAAACACUUGAUUUCCUGAAAUCUGGAAAAACAAGUUCAAAACAUGCAGGUGGUUUCCAGGAAAGAAGCAGGGGAUGACAAAAAAGGUAAACUGCAACAGCUGUUCUGGAAAGAGAACCGGGAGGGAAUGUUGUAAAAGAAAAACAAAUAGGCCUUAGAUCUCAAAGGGAUCUUUUAUUUUAAUGGUUUUUUUUAUUUGAUCAUGUCAAUGCAGUGGGAAACAACAUGAGAACAUUAAAAAAAUAAUUUCAAUUUCUCU